AUGGAUCAAAAACCAUCUUCUAUAUUCACAACUUACAAGCACAAAAUCAUGAACACUGUCAUGGCUUCCAACACCACCAAAGAAGUGCUUAUCGACCUCUCUCCCGUUAUCAAAGUCUACAAAGAUCGAACAGUGGACAGGCUCAUGGACACAGCCAAUGUCCCGCCGUCGCCGGAAGACCCAGCCACCGGUGUAGCCUCCAAAGACAUAGUCAUUUCAACGGAGGUUAGAGCCAGACUAUACCUCCCCAAACUCACAGAUCCUAACCAAAAACUCCCCGUUUUAAUCUACUACCAUGGUGGCGGAUUUGUAAUUGAGUCCCCCUAUUGUUUGUUCUACCACCGUUUAACCGACAUUUUAGCCUCCCAAGCGAAAGCUCUAAUCAUUUCUGUUGAAUACAGGCUCGCCCCUGAACACCUUCUACCUAUAGCCUAUGAAGAUUCAUGGACUGCCCUUCAAUGGGUGGCGUCUCACGUUAUUGCAAAUGCUAGUAUCGAAAAGGAUCCAUGGGUUACUAAACAUGGAGAUUUUGGUAAAUUGUAUAUCGGCGGGGAUAGUGCAGGUGCCAAUAUAGCACAUAAUAUUGUUCUCCGGGCUGGGGUGGAACCUUUGCCUGGGGAUGUGAAAAUCUUGGGUUUAUUUCUAUCUUGUCCUUAUUUCUGGGGAUCAAAACCAGUUGGGUCGCAAUCAAAAGAAGAUAUGACUGGUUUUGCAUAUAAAGUUUGGAAGUGUAUUUAUCCAUCAGCCCCGGUUGGGAUUGACAAUCCAAUGAUCAAUCCAAUGGCAGAGGAUGCUCCGAGCUUAUCGGGGCUGGCGUGUUCAAGGCUGCUGGUUUGUUUGGCAGAGAAGGAUGCAUUUACUCCUAUAGGAAUUCUUUAUGCUGAGACUGUGAAGAAAAUUGGGUGGAAUGGUGAAGUGCAGCUGGUGGUGGUUGGUGGAGAAGAUCAUUGCUUUUAUUUAUUUGAUCCUCACACUGAGAAAGCAAAGUAUUUGAAUAAGCAAAUUGCUUCUUUUAUUUCACGGUGA